GCACUCGUUUGCUAGAAAACAGAAAAGCUAUCAGUGUUAGAUGAGAGAGAGAGAGAGAGAGAGAGAGAGAGAGAGAGCCACCUACAAAGACUCCGAGAGUGAGCAUUUGGAGAGUUCUUCAUAGAAGUCUGCUUCUUGAUGUGCCUUCCUGUGAUUGAGGGAAAGAGAAACCAAUGGCGGGUUCGACGUCUGUGCAGCCGCAGUUCAUUGUCAGCACUGGGAAUCGGAGCUUUUCCAAUGCACCCCUUAUUGACAAUUCAGAUACUGAUCAAAUUGUUGUUCCUAACAAGAAAAGCUGGAAGAACCUGUUUGCAUAUAUGGGUCCAGGGUUCCUUGUUUCUAUUGCAUAUAUUGACCCUGGAAAUUUUGAAACUGACCUGCAGUCAGGAGCAGAAUACAAGUAUGAGUUACUUUGGAUCAUAUUAGUGGCCUCAUGUGCUGCUCUUAUUAUACAAUCUCUAGCAGCCAAUUUGGGGGUUGUCACUGGAAAGCAUUUAGCAGAACAUUGUAAGAAUGAAUAUCCUCGGGUGCCAAACUUCAUCCUUUGGAUUCUUGCUGAAAUUGCUAUUGUUGCAUGUGAUAUUCCUGAAGUAAUUGGUACAGCCUUUGCAUUGAACAUGCUUUUCAAAAUUUCUGUGUGGAUUGGUGUUCUUCUAACUGGGCUUAGCACGUUGGUUCUUCUAGCACUACAGCAAUAUGGGGUCCGGAAGCUUGAAUUCCUUAUUGCUUUUCUUGUUUCUACAAUCGCUGCAUGCUUUUUGGUGGAGCUUGCCUUUGCAAAACCCUCUGCUUCUGAAGUUCUCUAUGGGCUUUUUGUUCCACAACUCAAGGGACAUGGUGCUGCUGGCCUUGCAAUUUCACUUCUUGGUGCCAUGGUUAUGCCGCACAAUCUCUUCCUCCAUUCGGCAUUGGUUCUUUCUAGGAAAAUCCCACGAUCCAUUCCUGGUAUCAAGGAGGCUCGUAGAUUUUACUUGAUAGAAAGUGCCUUCGCUCUCACACUGGCCUUUUUCAUUAAUGUAUCUGUUAUUUCUGUAAGUGGUGCUGUUUGCAAUUCCCCAAAUUUAAAUCCAGAAGAUCAGUCAAAAUGCAAGGACUUGGACUUGAACGAGGCUUCUUUUUUGCUUAAAAAUGUUUUGGGUAGAUGGAGUUCAAAACUUUUUGCAAUUGCUUUGUUGGCAUCUGGUCAGAGUUCUACAAUAACAGGAACUUAUGCAGGGCAGUAUGUCAUGCAGGGUUUCUUGGAUCUACGAUUGACACCAUGGAUACGGAACUUUCUAACUCGAUGCUUGGCAAUAGUCCCUAGUUUAAUUGUUGCACUCAUUGGUGGCUCUGCUGGUGCUGGAAAGCUAAUUAUUAUUGCAUCUAUGAUUCUAUCAUUUGAGCUACCUUUUGCUCUCAUUCCACUUCUCAAGUUCACUAGCUGCAAAACCAAGAUGGGGAUACACGCCAACUCAACUAUGAUUUCAGCUCUCACUUGGAUUAUUGGUUCCCUGGUCAUAUCAAUAAAUAUAUACUACCUUGCAACUGGCUUCAUCAAGAUUCUUCUUAAUGGCCAUUUAGAAGUGGUAGCUGUUGUUUUUCUUGGAAUAUUCGGAUUUUCAGCUAUGGCUGUGUAUUUGGCUGCAAUUGCUUACUUGGUGUUCCGUAAAAACAAGGAAGCUACUCAUCUUCUGGCACUAACAACACCUGAAAGUCGACAGAUGGCCAACGAGUCUUGUGAUACAUCAAUGCAUUGUCUCCCUAGAGAAGACAUAGUAAGCAUGCAGUUACCUCAAAGAAGGUCUACAGAAGAAGUCAAUUGAUAAGUGGUAGGGUAAGAGUGAUUUCCACUGAUAAAUGGUAGGGUUAGUGAGAGUUCAAUAAGUGAGCUUGGGAGCCUUUAUGUAAUUGGGCCUGAGAGCCUUGAUUUGUUUUUGGGCUUCAAACCUUGUAUUAAUAAAUCCUACCAUCUUGCAAAAAAAAAAAAAAAAAAAAAAAAACUCUUGUAUAGGUAACUUACGGAGUUUUUGGCUCUAAGGAGAGUAUCAGCCGAAACUUCUUGGAGCAGAAAAAGUGCUGCUCUCUGAGGUGGAUUUUCCAUGCUAGCAAAGGAAGAAGAAUCUCUUCUUUUGGGUGGUCCAAAACAAGGUGCAAUCUUUGUCCAACUUGGUGUAUUCCUUUGGGAUUUUCUUUCUUAACAUCAUGUGAAGAUUCACUACAAUCCUGGACCGUAUAUAAUUCCUAUAACACGUGAUUAUGUAUGGAAUUAGAAUACAAGGUUGAUCUUGAAUUAAAUAUGUAUGUAAUACAUGGUUAUAGCCAUUAUUAAUUUCAGACUUUUCUUGACUAAA